AUGCGAACGCAAAUCGGAGAGGACUUAGGUAGGGAAAUCAGCCGCUUGCGAACGUUGCUCAAAGCGUUUCGCAGCGAGCUUGCGGUCUUGGCGGUCAAGAUCCAAGACACUGAAUUGCAUAUCCUGCUCCUGACUGCGGAGGUGCAACACCAAAAAGGGCCAGAGCGUGCAACUAAGCACCGGACUGCUCGACAAGAAGAAGCUGCCAUGAUGGGAGCAAAUCAACGUCGCCGCAUGGCCAUAGAGAAAGAAGAGAUAUUGAAAGAGCGUCAAGCGACCAGAGGUGCUCAGAAUAGUGCCGUGGGAGCUAGAAAGGAGGCGGAGCACGCAGAGCAGUACGCUCGCGAUGUAGAACACGCCAAGCAUGCAGCCUGCCAGCACAUGAGUUGGCGGGAUUAA